GACCAAUUCAACACCAUUGCAAUUGAUAACCAAAAUGGACAGAAAGUUGAUAACACUGAAUACCAACAUACCUCAGCUGACUUCUUCGCCAAAGUCGCCUACAAAGACCAGCUCAUACCCCACUGCCUCCCCGUCGUCACCUACACGCUCUUCCCUAUUUUCCCAUGCUUCGUCAGCCGUCGAGUCGGUUGCUUCAACGCUGCAAAACUUGAGACUUGGGGGCUCUCCAACACGAGACAGAGAACGGUCUCCCACGAAGGAUAAGAAGUUAGGUCACAUCAAGGAGGAUACGCAUACAGAACACUAUAGCCCAGUACGAGGACGUUCACCAACAAAGAAUGGUGACUCGGACAACAACUAUGAUUCGCAGCAACGAAGUAUUAACAAGUCAACGCUUCGACGAGGUUUGACCUAUGAGGAGAUGGAAAUCUUGCUGAAGCCAGAGGUGAAGCGCAUGGCUACAGUUGCCAAUCUUUACUUCCUUGACCAUUACUUCGAUCUCCUACACUAUCUCGCCGCUCGUCAACAACGACUGAGCGCAUUCAAGCGUGACAAUCCUGAUCCAGCGGACGUGACCUAUCAAUCAAACGUAAAACGCUAUCUUGGCGCCGAGCGGGUGGCUCUACGAAAGAGACGCGUGAAGGUCCGAUAUGGCGAUUUUGGCGUAAUUGCUCAAGUCGGUCAAGGCGGUUACGGAGCAGUUUAUCUCGCUCGCAAGCGUGACACCGCCGAGGUCGUUGCGUUGAAGAAGAUGAGCAAGGCUUUGUUGGAUAAGCUUGAUGAGACGCGUCAUAUCCUGGUGGAGAGGGAUGUACUGACUCAAGGAAAGUCACCGUGGUUGGUGAAGCUUCUGUAUGCAUUCCAAGAUCCAGCAUAUAUCUACCUUGCCAUGGAGUAUGUUCCUGGAGGAGACUUCCGUACGCUUCUCAAUUCGUCCGGAGUCCUGCACGAUCGCCACGCCAAGUUCUAUGCCGCAGAGAUGUUGAUCGCUGUGAAUGAGUUGCACAGGCUGGGGUAUAUCCAUCGUGACCUUAAGCCGGAGAACUUCCUCAUCGACUCCACUGGCCACAUCAAGCUAACGGACUUUGGGUUGUCGACUGGUGCCUUGAGUCCUGACCGUAUCAAGAGCAUGCGUGUCAAGCUUGAAGCUGUCAAGGAUCUCCACGUCCCAGACCGUACAACCUUGGAGCGUCGUUCUCUCUACCGCUCCCUUCGUCGUUCGGAACCGACCUACGCACAAUCAGUUGUUGGCUCACCAGACUACAUGGCGCCUGAAGUACUUCGCGGAGAGAAAUACGACCUGACAGUCGAUUGGUGGAGUGUUGGAUGUGUCGUCUUCGAGAUGCUGGCCGGUUUCCCUCCGUUCAGCGGUGCCACAAUGAACGAGACGUGGGCGAACGUCCGUAACUGGAGGAAGGUGUUGAGGAGGCCAGAGUAUACCAGGGAGGAGGAUCUCGAGUUCAACCUGCAGGACGAGUCAUGGGACUUUAUCUCCGCACUUAUCGCGACGCGUGCCGAGCGUCUGAGCGAUCUCGAGACCAUUCAGACCCAUCCAUGGUUUGCCCCGCUUUCAUGGCCACAUGUUGUUGCUCGCCGUACCCGUACUCCCUUCGUUCCAGACUUGAACUCUGACACUGACGUUGGCUAUUUCGAUGACUUCUCGAACGAGGAGGAUAUGGCCAAGUACAAGGAGGUGUACGACAAGAAGGACGCUUUGGAGGCUAUGGAUGAUCGCGCGAAUGGUAACGGAAGAAGGAGUGCCUUUGUCGGAUUUACCUACAAAUAUCGCCCCGAAGAGGGCAUGCCCGGAGGAGGAGCGGCUGGUAGAGGAAGAAGCCAAAGUCCGAGGAAGCGGAAUGAUGACCUUGGUACUAUGUUUUGACUGAGAUCGGACACUUGGAGUAAUGGGUUGUGUUUAGCUUUACGGCGUUUGAGCGUUAUUCGAUGAUUUAAUCCUAUUGAUGUUAAGC